CUUUUUUUUUUCUUUCGUCCCUGCAGGCAGUUGUACAGUAUAAAAACGCAGCGAUGCUCGGUAAAUAGCCACACUUUCUUGCUUAAACAUCUAGCGACUACUACCACAAAAUGAAGCUCUUCCUGCUGAUCGCAAUCUUCGUCGCAAUAGUGAUGGUCAACGCCGUGCCUCUGCAAGGCGAGAAGGGCGAAACGGCGAUCAUCGCCGACGAUUUGGAUACGGCCGAGAUGUUCGCUAAGAGUUACGGCAAACCUAAAGCCCCUAAAUCGUCGUACGGUUCUCCGCAGAAAGCCAAGAAGGAGAAGGCACCUAAAGCAUCUUACGGCUCUCCGCAGAAAGCCAAGAAGGAGAAGGCACCUAAAGCAUCGUACGGUGCACCCAAAGCCAAGCCUCAGAAGGAGAAGGCACCCAAAUCAUCGUACGGCAAACCGAAGAAAGAAAAGAAACCCGACUCGUCCUACGGUAGAAAAUAGAACUUCAGACACGAAGUUCAGCUGCACGAUGAUGUGUGUGUUUUUUUUUUCUUCUUUAAAUCUUACACGAGUCCUGUUGAUGAUUGACCUGUUUUGUUAUACGGUGGAUAACGCGCUGUGCCGCUAUCCGAUUAUAUCUCCAUUUCUUUUUUGUUCUUUCAAUGUAACGCUCCUCGUUUGAAUGAUUCGCUUCCUCACGCAUUUUUCGUACGAUACUUGUCUGUUGUCAAGUAUCACCUCUUUCCUCUCACGUCACGCUCAAUUCAAUGCUAGCGUUCCAUUUAUGUAAACCACUUAUCUUUUGAGGAUGAAAUAUAAUUUUUUGAAAAUGUGAA